AUGUCUGUCCGUCCCCCCCCCAUAAAUGUGGGGCUGUCGCCGUCCCUACAGAUGCUGCUGCUGCUGUUGCUGUCAGCGCUGAGCGUGGAGCCCAACCGGGCGGCCAUCCACGUGAACCUCACCGAAGGCUGCCAGAUCAUCCACCCGCCGCGGGACGGGGGGAUCCGCUACCGGGGGCUGACCCCCGAGGAGGUGCAGAGCGUUCGCUUCCUCCCCUUCGACUACGAGAUCGAGUACGUCUGCCGGCCCGACCGCGAGAUCGUGGGGCCCAAGGUGCGCAAGUGCCAGCGCGACGGCACCUGGACCGCCAUGGGCCACCCCAGCCGCUGCCUGAGGACCUGCCCCAAAAUGCACCUGAGCCUGGAGAACGGGCAAGCGGUGGCGCGGGCGAUGGAACGGGUGCCGGUGGAGGGGACGUGGACCGAGUACAGCUGCAAUCCCGGGUUCCGCCUGGUAGGCAGCGCCCGCAGUAACUGCACCAAGUUGGGUCGUUGGAGCACCCCCAAACCCAUCUGCGAGAGUGACCGGACGCCUGGGUCCCCCUUGAAGAGUCUUUGGGAUGGAGCUGGGGGGCAACCAUGUGACCCCGGCCAGGCCACCAAGUACCUCUACGAGCUUCUCUACAACGACCCCAUCAAGAUCAUCCUCAUGCCCGGUUGUAGCAGCGUCUCCACGCUGGUGGCCGAGGCCGCCCGGAUGUGGAACCUCAUCGUGCCACCUCGUUGGCUUUUGGUGGUGCUCAGCGUCUCGCUGGUGUCGCGCCCGUCGGUGGGUACAGGCAAGAAGGCAGUACACGUCGGGGCGCUCUUCCCCAUGAGCGGGGGGUGGCCGGGGGGCCAGGCCUGCCUCCCCGCCGUCCGAAUGGCCUUGGAGGACAUCAACAGUCGGAGGGACAUCUUGCCCGAUUAUGAGUUGCGGCUCAUCCAUCAUGAUAGUAAAACCCUCGAUGACCUGGACCAGCGGGUGAAGGAAGCCGGUUUGGAGAUCACCUUCCGCCAGAGCUUCUUCUCCGACCCCGCCGCGCCCGUGCGCAACCUCAAGCGCCAGGACGCCCGUAUCAUUGUGGGGCUCUUCUAUGAGACGGAGGCGCGUAAGGUCUUCUGCGAGGUCUACAAGGAGAAGCUAUAUGGCAAGAAGUACGUCUGGUUCCUCAUUGGCUGGUACGCCGACAACUGGUUCCGCAUCAAGGAUCCGGCCAUCAACUGCACCGAGGCAGAGAUGGCCGAGGCUGUGGAAGGUCACGUCACCACCGAGAUCGUCAUGCUCAACCCUGAGAACACCCGCAGCAUCUCCAACAUGACGUCCCAGGAGUUCAUUGAGAAGCUGCAGAAGAGGCUGGGCAAGAACCCCGAGGAGACAGGUGGCUUUCAGGAGGCGCCGCUGGCCUACGAUGCCAUCUGGGCGCUGGCCCUGGCCCUCAAUAAGACCUCGGCAGAGCUGGUCAAGAAGGGGUUGCGCCUGGAGGACUUCAACUACAACAACAAGAACAUCACCGAUGAGAUCUACCGGGCCCUCAACUCCUCCGCCUUCGAGGGUGUCUCGGGACAUGUUGUCUUUGAUGCCAGUGGCUCCCGCAUGGCCUGGACGCUCAUUGAGCAGCUGCAAGGAGGUGUCUACAAGAAGAUUGGCUACUAUGACAGCACCAAGGACAAUCUGUCCUGGUACAACAACGACAAGUGGAUUGGAGGUGCCCCUCCAGCUGACUACACCAAGGUCAUCACCACCUUCCGAUUCCUGUCUCAGAAGCUCUUCAUCUCCGUCUCGGUGCUGGCCUCAUUGGGCAUCCUCCUGGCCAUCAUCUGCCUGGCCUUCAACAUCUACAAUGGGCAUGUCCGGUACAUCCAGAACUCACAGCCGUACCUGAACAACAUGACGGCUGUGGGCUGCACGCUGGCGCUUGCUGCCGUCUUCCCCCUGGGACUCGACGGGUACCACAUCGGGCCGGGGCUUUUCCCUUUCGUCUGUCAGGCCCGGCUGUGGCUCCUUGGGCUGGGGUUCAGCCUGGCGUAUGGCAGCAUGUUCACCAAGAUCUGGUGGGUCCACACUGUCUUCACCAAGAAGGAGGAGAAGAAGGAGAAGAGGAAGACCCUGGAGCCUUGGAAGCUGUAUGCCACCGUGGGGCUGCUUGUGGGGCUGGACGUGGUCACACUGAUCAUUUGGCAAAUCGUGGACCCCCUGCACCGCACCAUCGAGGAGUUCACCAAGGAGGAGCCCAAGACGGACACGGACGUCUCCAUCCUGCCCCAGCUGGAGCAUUGCAGCUCCACCAAGAUGAACACGUGGCUCGGGAUAUUUUAUGGCUUCAAGGGGUUGCUGCUGCUGCUGGGCAUCUUCCUGGCGUACGAGACUAAGAGCGUGUCCACGGAGAAGAUCAACGACCACCGAGCAGUGGGCAUGGCCAUCUACAACGUGGCGGUCCUCUGCCUCAUCACAGCACCUGUCACCAUGAUCCUCAGCAGCCAACAGGAUGCGGCCUUCGCCUUCGCCUCGUUGGCUGUCGUCUUCUCCUCCUACAUCACCUUGGUUGUCCUCUUCGUCCCCAAGAUGCGACGCCUCAUCACCCGAGGCGAGUGGCAGUCGGAGCAGCAGGACACCAUGAAGACGGGCUCAUCCACCAACAACAACGAGGAGGAGAAAUCCCGGCUGUUGGAGAAGGAGAACCGGGAGCUGGAGAAAAUCAUCGCCGAGAAAGAGGAACGUGUAUCAGAGCUCCGCCAGCAGCUCCAGGACCGCCAGCAGCUCCGGUCCCGCCGACGGUCGUCCAACCCUUCCCGUGAGGCUGACAACCAUUUCUCUCCGGGGUUGAGCGCCGCCCCGGCCCCCCCGGCCCCCUUCUACCAGCCCAACCUCCCCCUGGUCCGCUGCCUGGUCUCGGAACAAGCCGACAAGCUCGGCCGGGGCAACUGUGACGGUAGCCGCGUCCAUCUCCUCUAUAAGUGA